UUUUUAUCUUGGAAAAUUUCUUUGAUACUUUAUCUGAUAAUUUUUUUACCUUAAGUUUAAGUAGGAACCUUUCUGGGCAGUCAUAAAUGAUAUUGAUUAUUUAUUGGAGCAGGCAUAGUUUAUCAGUUAUAGUAUAUCCAACAAAGCCAUAAAUCUUUGGAAUCACAGUAACACCAAGGCAGAUGGGGGACAAAGCAUGGUUAUCCUCCUUUAAAUGAGACUUGAUGAGUAGGCAUAUUCCUUCUCUUAGUACACAUAUAUUCAUAAUUCUAACCAGAGUUUUUAUUUUCUUUCUGUGUCCCAUUUUGUGAGUAAUUUGAUUCUGGGCACUUACUCUGGAUAUUUUUCCUGAUCUGUAAAAUGAAGAGGUUAAAUUGGAGGCCUUUGGGUCCUUUCUAGCUCUUAAAUUCCAAUAUGUUAAUGAAUUUCAAAGAUUUGCGCAUUAUUAGGUACCUCUUUGGAUUCUUUAUUCCCUAAGAUUUAAAGAAUGCUUUCUGUGCUUCCCAGGCUUGGUGAAAAAAACCUGUAUUUCCUUUUAACCAUUUUAUUCUAGAUUUUACUGAUUUAAAAUAGUCUUUAUUCCAAAGGAGAGUUUUAAUUAUAACUUCUGUUUGUUUUUGUCUUGGUCUAACUGCAGAAAUGACUAAGAUUGUCCUGUACCAAUUGUAGAGCUACACAGUUUCCAUUUAACUACAUUAACAUUUUAUGUUAGCGGCAAGGAGUAGCAGAUUAUCAAACAGUAUUUGGGCAAAAAAUAAACUUUACAUAAUUAUCGCAUGGCAUAGGGAAAAAGGAAAGUGAAGUAAUGUAGUGCAUGGAGCUGAAUGAGUGUCAGGUUGGUUAGGAAAGGAGUCAGUGAUAUAGCUAUGAGAAACUCAGAUGAGAAAAGUCCAUAGAAAAUCAGAGUCCUUGCUAUUUACCUGAUCCUAAGGAAGGAGAAAUGAUGGUGUUUGUCAGCUGCUCAAGGAGAUGGUGAAAGUAUUGUUAAAAAACCAUUAUAUAUAUAUAAGUAAUAUUAUUUUCCAAAGAGAAUGUUACUGGUUCCACCCGUUCCUACCCCUACCUUUUUUUUUUUUUAUAAACAGAGAUCUCCUUGUGUUAGUCUUAGACCAUGAUUUCAAUUUCUGAAAUGGCUGUUUUCCCCUUUGUGGACUAUUUUCACUAUUGUGCUACUGCCACCUGGUGGCCAUGGUGGUGACGUCAUAGUUCGGUGUGUAUUCUUUCCCGUGUCCAGACUUUUCAAUGUGGUUUGAUUUUAUUUCUGCCAGAAAGAUAUUAUUAAAUCAAAAGAAGAUGUGCUGAUGUAUUUUAAUAUCUGGAAUGCUGUAAACUGUAUAAAGAUUGCACAUUGGCUGGAACUUAGGAGUCACAUUUCCUAGGUUUGAUUCCUAGGACUAUGGUUUAUAGUUUACCAUAAUCAAGUUAUUUAACCUUCCAAGCCUCAGUUUCCUCAAAGUAGUUGUGGCUGCAAGGGUGAGUCAAAAAUUAUCCGCACUCCCGUUAUAUUAAAACUUCUGUUGGCCGCACUGUCUUAUCAGCGCUUUCUGUUCAAGGCUACUGUCUCCCCAGUCACUGCUUUGCAGGUGUGAAUGUGUUACAUCAGUUCAUUUGUAACUGCGGUGCGAGCAAAAAUGGAUGCCCCACUUGUGACUUGCAUGAAAGGAGCAGUGUGCAGUGAUUCGUUUUUUGUGGUCUGAGGGUGUACCUGGUGCUGAAAUUUAUCAAAGACUUUGUGCGCAGUAUGGAGAAAGUGUUUUGUCGUGAAGAAGUGUGUAUGAAUGGUUAGAGACGUUCAAGGAAGGUUGCACAAGUGUUAGCCAUCAAGAAGGAGCCGGAUUCACUUCUGAUGAAGAAGUGAAGACAGUGCUGUAUUCAUGGCUCACAGCUCAGCCUAAAACAUUUUUUAACGAGGGAAUACGAAAGCUUGUUGACAGAUGGACAGUGUAUUGAAAAGCAAGGAUAGUAUGUCAAUAAAUGAUGUCUUUUCUAAAAGUUAAUUAAAGUAAAUUCUACAGCCAGAGUGUGGAUAAUUUUUGACUCAUCUCGUAUCUUUUAUGAUUGUUAUGAAGAUUGAAUUAGAUGAUAUAGACAAGGCAGAACGGUCAAGCAUUCAGUGACUUUUAGCUUCUAAUGUAAGUAUUGCUAAUUACUAAAUAAUGUCAUCCAGAAAAUAUAUUAAUGUUAUAUAUGUUUACUAACUCUUUGUUACCAAUAUAACUAAAUUUUUUUUUUUAAGAAUAACAUGACCUAAAGGAGUAUAAUUUUACUAAUGAUAAUUUUGAGUAAAUUUGGUAGCACUGUCCUUAGGAACAGCAGUUUCCUACACAUUUGAUAAAUAUCUGUGUAAAGUUGUCAGGAGCAUGAUUCUUACAGUAUAUAUGUAAUUGGCUAUUAGAAUCCCAUUAAAAAGCUGGAAGAAACCUUGGAGAUUAUAUAGGUCAUGCCCCUUACUCUAUAGAGGCAAAAACUGAAGUCCAAGGACACAAAGCUAGUUGCAGAGAGGACUCUGUCCUGGGUCUCCAUCUACGUGGUACUGUAUGAACUGUGUACUGCCUCUCUGUUCUCUGGAGUGGAUCGAAACAGAAUCCGUUGUUUUUGACAGUAUCAUGUUGUAAUUGACUGUAUCAUUGUUUGAAAGAAAGUGGAAAAGAACAUGAAAAUCUUUUUCUGUAGGUUUUUAUUUUGUCCAGUGUUGGUGUAAUACGAAGGAUAAACCAACUGGAAGAAAUCCUCUCUGCUGUAUUUGUACAUGAGUAGUUAAAUUUAAUACUCCUGUUAGUAACUAGGAACAGGUGCAAAUAAUGUGCAGUGGCUGUAUUUCCCAGCCUUCUCAUUCUGCAUCUCCUGUGCCUGCGUUUGUCACUAUAGUUACCACUUUAGGGGAACAUUUUGGUUAAUUUUUUUCUUUCCCAGACUGAACUAUUAAUUCCUUAAAGGGGCUGUUUCAUCUCUAUAUAUCUAGUAGUUAGUAUAAAACUGAAUUCUAUGUUGAAUAGAGGAGUCCUCUUCUCAGAGCAAUAUAAUUUGAAGUGAGGCAUUAGGAUAAAGGGGUAGAACCUCCACACCAUAGUCUUUGGGAAUUACCUAAAGACUGAUUCAGGGUUGAGCCUCUGAAGGUUUAAGGAAAAAAGUAGUUUCUCAGGAGUGAGAAGUGGCUUGACAUUGGUGAACAUUUUGAAGAUUUCUGAUAAGAAGUGAGAAACCUACAGCAAGUACUACUCAUUGGCAUAUCCAAGUUUAAGUUGCCAGAACAAAGGGGAUUUGGCGAUGGAGGCUUUGUUGGAAGGAAUGCAUAAUCGGGGACGUGAUGGGGGAUUUUUGACAUCCUGUGAAGCAGAACUACAGGAGCUCAUGAAACAGAUUGACAUAAUGGUAGCUCAUAAAAAGUCUGAGUGGGAAGGACAGACACAUGCACUAGAAACUUGCUUGGAUAUCCGUGAACGGGAACUUAAGACUCUCAGGAGUCAGUUGGAUAUGAAACACAAAGAGGUGGGAAUGUUACGUCAGCAGGUAGAAGAACAUGAAAAGGUCAAGCAAGAGAUGACCAUGGAGUAUAAGCAGGAAUUAAAGAAACUACAUGAAGAAUUAGGCAGACUGAAGAGAAGCUAUGAAAAGCUACAGAAAAAACAUAUAAGAGACUUCAGAGGAAACGCCAAAAAUCACAGGGAAGAUCGGUCUGAAAUUGAGAGGUUAACUGGAAAAAUAGAGGAAUUUCGUCAGAAAUCACUGGACUGGGAGAAGCAGCGCUUGAUUUAUCAGCAACAGGUAUCUUCUCUGGAGGCACAAAGGAAGGCCCUGGCUGAACAAUCAGAGAUAAUUCAGGCUCAGCUUGCCAAUCGGAAACAAAAAUUAGAGUCUGUGGAGCUGUCCAGCCAGUCAGAAAUUCAGCACCUCAGCAGUAAGCUGGAGCGGGCCAAUGACACCAUCUGUGCCAAUGAGUUGGAAAUAGAGCGCCUCACCAUGAGGGUCAAUGACUUGGUUGGAACCAAUGUGACUAUUAUGCAAGAGCAGCGGCAAAAAGAAGAAAAAUUGAGGGAAUCUGAAAAACUGUUAGAGGUUCUGCAAGAAGAAAAGAGAGAAUUGAAGACAGCUCUUCAGACUCAAGAAAAUUACAUCCGUGAGGCAAGAAUACAAAAGGAGAAACUACAAGCAAAAUUAAAGGCAACUGAUGCUCAACACACAGUAGAGACUAUAAGGUCACUAGAGGAGUCUCAAGCAGAAAGGAGGUAUACCUCUCAAGGGCAGGGGGACUUAGAGAACGUGCUCUCCCGACUGGAUUUUACCCACGCUAGUGAAGAACUUCUGCAGGCAGAGGUGACUCAUCUGGAAGGCAGCUUGGAAUCUGUGAGUGCAACAUGUAAACAACUGAGCCAAGAGCUAAUGGAAAAAUAUGAAGAACUGAAGAGGAUGGAAGCGCACAACAAUGAGUACAGGGCUGAGACUAAGAAGUUGAAAGAGCAGAUCUUACAGGCUGAACAGAGUUACAGUUCUGUACUAGAAGGAAUGAAAAUGGAGAUCUCCCAGCUAACUAGAGAGUUACAUCAGCGAGAUAUCACCAUUGCUUCCACCAAAAGUUCUUCCUCUGACAUGGAAAAGCGACUCCAAGCAGAGAUACAGAAGGCAGAAGAAAAAGCAGUAGAACAUAAGGAGAUUUUGGGUCAGCUGGAGUCACUCAAGUUAGAAAAUCGUCAUCUUUCUGAAAUGGUGAUGAAGUUGGAAUUGGGUUUACAUGAGGCAAAAGAGAUGUCACUAGCAGACCUCCAGGAGAAUUAUAUUGAGGCAUUAAAUAAAUUAGUGUCUGAAAAUCAACAACUACAAAAAGAUUUGUUGGAUACGAAAGCUCAGCUGGAGAUUUCUACUCAGAUAUGCAAAAAAAACCAUGACAGAAUCUUUAAACCAACACACAGCAGAAUACCUGAGUUCAAGAAUACGGAGUUCAAGCCAGCCCAUGGCCAGCACAGGCAUAAUGGGAUGAAGGCUGAGCACGACAAAGCGGGUCUUCAUUCUCCGCAAGGACAAGCGUUGGAUAGCGCAGAGCCUGUGUCCAGGGGCCUCAGCCCCCUGAGUCAUCAGAGCAGCCCCUGCUGCUCCACCAUCUCUUUGCCUUCUAACUUUCUGUGCAGAACUCACUCUCUGCCUUCAGUGCUAGAUACAAGUGAAACCAAUUUUUCUGACACUAUCUCUGAGAGCAUAAAUGACCAAGAAGACUUUUUAUCUUCGUGUCCCUUGCCUCUGUCUCCUCUUGGUUCAAUAGCCACAAGAUUUUUGGAAGAGGAGGAACUGAGGUCUCAUCACAUUCUAGAGCGCCUGGAUGCCCAUAUUGAAGAACUAAAAAGAGAGAGUGAAAAGACAGUGAAACAAUUCACAGCCCUAAAGUAGCCUCUUAAAAAAAUCACAAACUUGGAAAUAAAAGUAAACACCAAAGAGCUACUGUCAUCGUGAAGUAGCGGCUCUUUGAAAGCCUGAACAUACAGAAACCAUAAAGCUGCCAUGAGGAAUCUGAGAAACUGAUACUUAGCUCUAAGGUGUUUUCACUGCACUGGUUUGUUUGAAGAAUUUUUUCCAGCAACAACUUGUAAAUAAAGCACUUUGCUAGACUUUUUCUCAUGUUAAUAUUUAUUAUCGUAAAGUGAUACUUUCUCUUGCUGACUUAAAUGUGAAUAGCUGUAGACUAAUUAAAAUAAAGAUUUUAUGAUUCGUUUUGGAAAU